AUGGCCAUCUUUGCACCACUGUUACUCCCGGUCGAGCGCCGGUUACAGACAGCCGCCGUUUUGGUUUGGAUUGCCGCCUUGGGCAUCUCCUUCACGGUCUUCUUUUAUCUAUGCACCAUCCGCUAUCUCUGGCCCUUUAUUAUUAUCUACCUCCUCUGGAUCCUUAUGGUCGACCAAGCGCCCGAGCAUGGCGGUAGACGGUCGCCCCUGUGGAGGAAUUGGAUCGGGUGGACGUACUUUGGUCGUUACUUUCCUAUGACUCUUAUUAAGGAAGGAGAUCUGGACCCCAGCAAAAACUACAUCUUUGGCUACCACCCCCACGGAAUCCUCUCCCUCGGGGCGGUCGGCUCAUUCGGUACCGAAGGACUCGGGUUCUCCAAGAAGUACCCGGGUAUCAUUCCUCACCUCCUCACCCUCCAGUCCAACUUCCAGAUUCCGUUCUAUCGCGAUUGUAUUAUGGCGAUGGGAAUGGCGUCGGUGUCGAAGCAAUCAUGUGAAAGGAUCUUGAAUUCAGGCCCCGGCAACUCAAUCACCAUUGUUGUCGGAGGCGCGCAGGAGAGUUUGGGAGCCAAGCCUGGAACGCUGGAUUUGACGCUCAAGAAGCGUUUGGGCUUUAUCAAACUGGCUCUCGUCAACGGAGCAAGCUUGGUGCCAACGUUGUCGUUUGGCGAGAACGAACUGUAUGAGCUUUACAGCACUGACCACACCAGCAAGAUGUAUCACGUCCAGCAGUGUAUGAAGAAGGUCCUAGGAUGGACCAUGCCCAUGUUCAACGGUCGCGGCGUUUUCAACUACGAGUUUGGUUUGUUGCCUAGAAGAAGGCCUGUGGCGAUUGUGAUCGGAGAGCCAAUCCACGUCGAGAAGGUUGAGGGAUCACCCUCGACAGAGCAAUUGGAAGCCCUGCAGAAGAAGUACAUCGAUGCCCUUUUGGGUAUCUGGGAAAAGUACAGGGACGUCUACGCUGUCGGCCGUACCCAGGACCUCCAGAUCAUCGAGUAA